AUGAACAACAGGUCUCUGACUCCCAGCCCGCCGCGGCUCGGCGGGAGCGGCGGCGCGGAUCACGAGCUCAUCAUCACGUCCACGUUCGGGACGCUGCUGUCGGUCGUGUACAUCAUCGGGGUGUCCGGGAACGUGUACACGCUGGUGGUGAUGUGUCACUCCAUCCGCCUCGCGACCUCCAUGUACAUCUCCAUCAUCAACCUGGCGCUGGCGGACCUCCUCUACCUCUCCUCCAUCCCCUUCGUGGUGUCCACCUACUUCCUGAAGGACUGGUACUUCGGGGACGUGGGCUGCCGCAUCCUGCUCAGCCUGGACUUGCUCACCAUGCACGCGAGCAUCUUCACGCUCACCGUGAUGUGCACGGAGCGCUACCUGGCCGUGACGCAGCCGCUGGACACGGUCAGGCGCUCCAAGAGCUACCGCAAGGCGCUGGCGUGGGGCGUGUGGCUGCUGUCCCUGGUGCUCACCGUGCCCAUGAUGGUCAUGGUGGCGCAGACCACCAAGAAGCUGCCGGACGGGGGCGUGAAGCGGAUGUGCGCGCCCACAUGGGCGCCCCUGGCUUAUAAGGUCUACGUGACGGUCCUGUUCGGGACCAGCAUCAUGGCCCCGGGGCUCAUCAUCGGGUACUUGUACGUGCGCCUGGCGCGCACCUACCUGGAGUCUCAGAGGAACUCCGUGAUCAGCCGAGACUCCAAGAGGUCCCCCAAACAAAAGGUUCUCAUCAUGAUCUUCACCAUCGUGCUGGUGUUCUGGGCCUGCUUCCUGCCCUUCUGGAUCUGGCAGCUGCUGCCCCUCUACCACACCAAGCCCCUGAGCCUGGCCUCGCACACGCACACGUGCAUCAACUACCUGGUGGCGAGCCUGACGUACAGCAACAGCUGCAUCAACCCGUUCCUCUACACGCUGCUCACCAAGAACUACCGGGAGUACCUGAAGAACCGGCACCGGAGCUUCUACAGGUACACGUCCACCUUCAAGCAGCGGCCGCCCAGCCUGCACUCCUGGGGCAAGUCCGCCUCCUCCAGCACCCAGUUCGACUUCAACUCCGAGACCCUGGUCAUGGGCGCGCUCAGGUGA